UUUGUUCUGUUUGUUCAGGGGGAGGGUUUGUCCAGAAGAGACCUUUAAACGUGUGGACAGUCGACUUUUCCUCAUUUCUGUAUUUUUGAUCCAGAGAAGGCUUAGAGACAGAGCUUCAGCUGUUGCAGUGGGUGAAGUUCAGCAGGCAUGAUGCAGGCUCUCUGGGCUCUGUGGUUGUCUGCAUUUCCAGCUCUGCUGGGAGCUUCACCACUGUUUGUGGAGAAGGAAAGCACUGGCUCCAGGAUCUGUAAGCCUGCCCCACAGUGGGAGAUCGAUGGCAAGACUCCGAUGAAGGACCUUGUGGGAAAUGUAGUCAUCGUGGCUCUUCUUAAAGCGAGCUGACAUUUCUGUCUCACGCAGGCUGCCAGGUUGGGAGACCUGCGUGACAAGCUGGUCAAUGGCAAGCUGACUAACAUAUCAUUCCUGGUCGUCAACGAGCAGGAUGCGCAGUCCAGAGCCAUGUACUGGGAGCUGAAGAGGAGGACGGCAGAGGGCAUCCCUGUGUAUCAGCAGAGCCCACUGCAAAACGAUGUCUGGGCGCUCUUGGACGGAGACAAGGAUGAUUUCUUAGUGUAUGACAGAUGUGGAUAUCUCACCUUCCACAUUGUCCUGCCCUACAGCUUUCUUCACUACCCUUAUAUAGAAGCUGCCAUUAGGGCUACAUACCACAAAGAUAUAUGCAACUGCUCACUAAAUGCCAACUUCUCCAUAUCAGAAGGCUCUGACAACACCAAAAACAAUGCAAAUGAGCCCACAGGAGAGAACAACAGGCUGACUAACAAUACAGAGCCUGUAGAUGAUGAGAAACAGCAUCAUCAUCAUCAUCAUCAUCAUCAACAUGAGCAUCAUCAUCAUCAUCAACAUGAGCAUCAUCAUCAUCAUCAUUAUUCAAAUAACAGAAACAGAACAGGUUAUUCAGAUGUGACCCGAGCACCAAAAGAGCCAACCCACCAUUCUCAUGUCUCAUCUCAUGAACAUUAGAUCUUAGAACAGCUUUGUUUUCCAAUAAUUGUUGUAUUUUGAUAUUUGAAAUGAAAAAAAAUGAUUUUUUUUUUUUGUAAAUACAGAGCUUUGUCAUAUAUUGAACUUAAAGGGGGAUUUAAGUUGGAUCUCAUUGUUCUUAAUGAAGUGUGCACUUUAAACCUGAGUCAGGGGUCUGCAUACGGAUGUUGAGCAAAGCAGUCAUUUACACUAUACUUCAGUUUUCCACCUUCCUUUUAAGGAAUAUGUGACAUUGCUGAACUAAUGCAUUCUCUUUAUUAUGAUAACUGCUUUGUAUUUGUUAAUAUAUUAUCUAUAUGAUAUGUUAUGUGAAUGUGUUCACCUAGAGUGGUGUAAGAUGUAAAGAGCUGAAUAAAAUUAAUUUCCAUCAUCA